AUGACAGCAAUUCCUGCUAGUUUAUUUGUCCAGUUCAUACAACAGGGUCUGGAAAAGGGCUUCAUCAACGGCAUUACAAAGACAUUAGAUGGCGAGUACUACUGCAAUGAUCAGUACAUAGAAACGUGCAUUUCAGAACUCGUCGAGAAGAAUGGCAAAAUCAAUGUCGAGAAACUAGCAGAGCACCUCUGUAUCGAGCAAUACAACGUGAAGCGAGUGAUUCAGCACAUAUCCGCCGACAAACGAUGGGCAGUCUGCGAUGAUUUGAUAUUGACUCAGGAUUGUGUCGAUGGUAUCAAAAAAGAUUUGAAAUCGAAAAUGGAUGUAUCUGGGUCCCUAUCCAUCAUUGCACAAACGCAACAGAUGAAGCUACCGUACAGCUUGUUGAAAUCAAUCUUGGACGAUACGAUGACAGCAGAUGGACAAUACAGUCGAUGUUCGCAGAUCCCCGAUGUCAUUUUCACAAAGACAUACAUGGAUGGCUGCCAAAAGAAGAUUUUGGAUGCGCUGAAAUCAUUUGAAGAAUCCUAUUCUAUGUUCAAACUCCAAAAGUCUCAAGAUAUCCAGGAAGACAUGUUUUAUAUGCUUUUGGAGCAAAUUGUCAAGAAUCCGAGCUUUGAUCUGGGGUCACUCCGUGGAAAGAGAAACCGCGCGAUUUUUGAGCCUAGUAGCUUCAAGAAAAGACAAUUGUCCUUGAUCAAAUCCAUAUUUGAAUCCAAUGAUUGCAUUAGUUACAAUAGCAUUGAGAAUUUGUAUACGUUUUCGAGUCCUGCAGAUUUGAUUGCAGACAGCUAUGAUAAAGACUCGUUUUUGACUUUGAAUUCAUGCUUUAUCAAAACGACGGUAAAGGACAAGGCGAAAUCCAUAAUAGAGAGCAUUCUGGAAUACUGUGAUGUGAAUGAUUUGCUGCCUGCUAUAUUGACAUUUGAAGAUGUGAACAAGGUGGUUGAUAUAAUACUGUCCGAGAUUAGCAGCACCAUCAAACUGAUUGACUUGGACGGAGGCUACGUGGUCAAUGCGGCCUAUGUGCAGAAACUGAUUGCUGAAUCAGACAACUAUCUGAGGAAUCUCUCUCGCACAUUGAAGCAGAAAUUGAGCAAAAACUAUGCCGGCAACAGCAUACAUUUGAGUGACAACGAUAUCAUCAAAGCGUUCGAGAGUCUUGGCUGUCCCCACACCAUUGCUGAGAGACUGCUCCCAUUCUCAAGAAGCGCCAUGUUGACACAGUUCUCAGACAUUUUGCAGACACCGUAUAUCGAGACAGAAGCCAUUGUGUCUGGCGAUGCGUGGAUUUUAGAGCAAAAGACUCGCGCACUCAAGAAGCUUGAGAGCCUCAGACAGUCCAUUUACUUUAACGAUCAAGCAAAGAAGCUGUUUCAAGAUGCUGCUGCACAAAAGAGCCUGGAGAAAUACAUCUUAAAGAACCGAUGCACCGAGUUUCUCUUUCAUCUGGUUAUCUACCUGGUUUUGGAUCAGUCUUACAACAAGGCAGAAGUGAAUCAAUCGACAUCCCUGUGCAUUAAAUUGGAGGAUAUCGAAAACCAGAGCAUUGUGGAUGCCAAGCAGCAGCGAUGUGUUAUCUCUUACUUUAUCAGAGAAAACGACCAUAAAUACGACAACACAUACGUAGUUGAAAUUGAGGAGAUGCUAAAAAAGAAGAAGCUGGAUCAAUUCAUUACAUCUAUCCUGAUCAAAGACAAGCAGCACCUGUUCCGUGGUCAGUUACCAUUAAGUUCUGAACAGAUCAAGAAGACUGCAAAUGAAAUCACCAACAAGCAGCUCCAUCAUCAGUUGCAGCAGUUACCCAUCUCUGCACAAACUGUACCGCAAAUGCUUCACCUCGUGUCUUUGUUGAUAUUCCAAAAAGUGUUUCAAUUACCUUUGUAUGUUACAGGCAAAUUUGUGCCCGUGAUCUUGGAUGAAAUUCUACCACAUCUGCCCAGCAAAGAACAGGAUCUCCUCAACACUGUGCACCUGUCUAUUAUCAACAAUCAGCGCCAGGAACACAUGCAAGAGUAUGAGAGUUUACACAGCCUUGGAAUGAAAUACAAGUUGAUUUGA